UUUUAUAAAACUAUUUAUAAUUUACAUUAAUUUCUUUGUUUUGAUUGUAUUUUACAAUAAAUUUGUAAUUUUUAACAAAAUAUAUAUUAAUUGCGAAAAUGUUUCCCAUAUUUCGAAAGCAAUUCAUUAAAACAUUAAUUAUAAAUAAUUUAUUGAAAAAGAGCUCAAAAUGUAUUAAAUUGAAUGAAUUGUCAACAAAUCAACUGUUGAUCCGUUAUAUACAGACAUCGGAACUGCUCUUCGGGACGAAAGGUAUACCCAUUUUGAUGCCAUCGCUGUCGCCGACUAUGACUUCGGGAACAAUCGUAAAGUGGGUGAAGAAAGAGGGCGAUCCCAUCGGCGCCGGAGACCUCAUCGCUGAGGUUCAGACCGAUAAGGCUGUGGUCGGCCUCGAACUCGAAGAGGAGGGCGUUUUGGCCAAAAUACUGGUUCCCAACGACACGCAAGACGUCAAAGUCGGUACUCUUAUCGCUCUUAUGGUCGAAGAAGGCGUCGACUGGAAAGACGUGGAAAUACCGGCCGACGCCUCCUCUUCGACGCCAACGCAAUCCACUUCUGAACAAAAGGUAUCGACAAGUGGUGAAAAAAGUGACGGAACCAGUCAUACGAGUGGACACCUUAUGGGUCCCAGUGUUAGGAAUCUAUUGACUCAAUACUCUAUUAAUUUGAAUGCAAUCCAGUCUUCGGGUCCGCACAACACUAUUCUUAAGGAAGAUGUUCUCAAAUACAUUAAAGACAAUGCGUUGAAACCACAAGACAUGACUACUUCAGCCACUGUUUCGUCACCAAAAGCCUCGGCGCCAAAGACAGUGUCCAGAACUGCCAAUCAGUUCAUUGACAUUGAAUUAUCAAAUAUGAGGAAAACAAUAGCAAAACGUUUGACAGAAUCGAAGACAACUAUUCCUCACUCUUAUAUGACAAUUGAUUUCUCGAUGAAUGGCGUAAAUGAUGUCCGAAAACAACUAAAACUGUCUGGUAUUAAGGUUUCGGUCAAUGACUUUAUAAUCAAAGCGACGGCCAUUGCAUUGAAGAAAGUGCCACAAAUCAACUGUGCGUGGAAUGAGAGCACUUCCACAAUACAGAUGUCACCAACAGUUGAUAUAUCGGUAGCGGUGGCCACACCUAACGGACUAAUCACUCCAAUCGUUAGAAAUGCCAAUCAAUUAGGUUUGGAGACAAUCAGCAAAACAGUGAAGGAAUUGGCGGAAAAGGCCAAAGAAGGCAAACUACAGCCCAACCAAUUCAUGGGCGGAUCGUUCAGUAUUUCCAAUUUAGGAAUGUUUGGAAUCUCAGAGUUCUCUGCUGUCAUAAAUCCGCCGCAAUCGGCGAUUCUGGCCAUUGGGUCGUCGAGACAAGUGUUGGAUGACAGCGAUUGCGUCCAAAACUUGGUUAGAGUCACGCUUUCCUAUGACUGUCGGGCCAUCGAAGAGGAAAUGGCCGCCAAAUUCUUAGAAGUACUCAAAAUUGUUAUCGAAGAUGCAAUUGCUCUUCAGAAUAGCGACGGAACCGAUAAUAGAAGACUAAACGCUUUGAUUUCAUAGUCAUUGUUACGAAUUUUAGUUAUUUAACAUUUAUUAAAAUUAAUUUAAUAAUUAUUUUGUUUUUAGAUAUUUAGCGUUUUGUUGUUAAAAUAUUUAUAGCAAUAGUUUGUUAUAUACUGUGUUUGAUUGAAAAUAAACUCU